AUGUCAAUGGUACGCUAUCUGGCAUACUCAAAUGAGUUUGAUACCAAGGGCCUUGUUGCUACAACCUCCAUCAGCUUGCCAAACGAAACGCACCCAGAGGCUAUCGAGCUUAUUAUUAGAGCCUAUGGUGAAGUUGUUCACAAUCUAAACAAGCAUGUGCACCCCAACGCAACGUUCAGCCCUGCCGGGGACCUUUUGAAACUCGUGAGGUCAGGCCCAGUGGUUUACGGGCGACAAGCUCUCAACGAGUCGCUAAGCGACGGUGCCAAAUUGCUGGUCGAAACGCUUGAGGCGGGCUCAGAUCCGUUAUUCGUCUCCAUUUGGGGCGGAGCCAACACCCUGGCGCAGGCGCUGCAGUUCAUCAGUACAGAGAGAACUCCAAAUGAAGCAGCUGAGCUUCGGUCUAGGCUCCGCGUUUACUCGAUCUCGGACCAGGACGAUGCUGGGCCGUGGAUCUGGAGAAUACCGAUCAUCCACGUCGGCGCAGACAACGGUGCUACCAACGUGACGAAAGUACAAGACGAUUGGCUGACAACAAAUAUCCGGAUCCGUCCUCUGGGCGAGGUGUAUCCCAAGAUUCACUAUGGAAUGGAGGGGGACUCGCCCAGCUUCAUGUGGCUUAUCCAAAACGGCCUGAACAGUGCUAGCCGUCCGGACUGGGGUAGCUGGGGUGGUCGGUACACCCGAGUUACGGAGGCCGAAGACAUCAACGAAUACGGAACAUCCAUGGACACGGCCGUUUCUGUGACAGGCGUGGAUCACCAGAGCCAGUAUGCCACUGUUUGGCGAUGGCGCGACGCUUACCAAGACGACUUUGCGGCACGAAUGCAGUGGAGCGUUACGGACAAAUUCGAAGACGCAACUCACCCACCCAAUAUCAAUGUCAACGGCUCCAUCAGUCUCGAUGCCGUGGAGAUCUUUGUCCCGUAUAAAGCUGCUGUUGUGCUAGAUGCCAGAGAGACCUACGAUUCUGAUCACCCAGAAGACUUGACUCACCUCGAGAUCGAAUGGUAUGCUUACAACACAGCCUCUAUUGCUUGGGCCAGUGCAUAUCUCGAGGGACUCAUUGAGAUACGUCCGCUUUCACCGCUAACCGGUACAGAUGGGUAUCUUGAGGUUAAUAAUGCAGGAUUCAGGAACGUCACGAUUGGUCCGAGGGUUCAGAUCGUGAACAAUGUGCCGAGCUUCUCGCAACUUGGGGGAAGAUCAUGGCAUGUUGUACUCCAUGUGAACAAAAACAAGGGUCAGCAUCCGGUCCGGAGGUACAAGCGAAUCUUAAUUCAGGAUUUCGAGGGCAAGAAUGAUUAG